UUCAGCAGACCAGCAACAACCAACGCAACGAAGGAAUCUUUGACAGCGGACCUGAUUUUAUCCAACUUCUAAAGCAUUUGUAGGCUAAAGCCUGUGGAUUGUAGGCCUACCUUUCGUGAAUCGGUGAAUAGGCUGUACAAUCCUUGGCAGUGUUCUGAGACUGUACAGCUGCCAACUGCUUCUGAAAGACAACUUGCAUAUGAAAUGGACUGUGCGUAAAGAGCAGAGAAAUUACAUAAUCUCGAUUUGACUUUCAAUAUUUUUCAUUGUGUGUGUCAUCUGUUGCUUUAAAAUUGUUGCGAAAGUGGACUGACUCGGACUUUCGGGGAAAUUCCAUUUGUCACUGAACUUUGCAAAAGAAAACAUGACCGCGGAUAAGGACAAGAAAAGGAACAGUUCGGAGCGGCGGAAGGAGAAGUCUCGUGACGCUGCACGCUGUCGUCGAAGUAAGGAGACAGAGGGGUUUUACGAGCUGGCCCAUCAGCUGCCCCUACCACACAGCGUCAGCUCCCACUUGGACAAAGCCUCCAUCAUGAGACUGGCCAUCAGCUUCCUGCGCACCCGCAAGGUCGUUGGCCCAGGCUGCCCAAACAGUGCAGAGACAGAGGAGGACAGACAGAUGGACAGUAUGUAUUUGAAGUCACUGGAGGGGUUUGUCACCGUGGUUACAUCAGACGGCGACAUGAUCUUCCUCUCAGAAAACAUCAACAAGUUCAUGGGCUUAACACAGGUAGAGUUGACUGGACAAAGCAUCUUUGACUUCACCCACCCCUGCGACCACGACGAGAUUCGCGAGAACCUGAGUCUGAAAAAUGGCACUGGGAAGAAGGGAAAAGCCUUGAGCACUGAGAGAGACUUCUUCAUGAGGAUGAAGUGCACAGUGACAAACCGUGGACGCACUGUCAACCUGAAAUCAGCUAGCUGGAAGGUUCUGCAUUGCACUGGCCACCUGAAGGUGUACAACAGCUGUGCCCCUCAUGUGCUGUGUGGGUUCAAGGAGCCUCCUCUCACCUGCCUGGUGAUGAUGUGUGAACCCAUCCCCCACCCCUCCAACAUUGACACGCCCCUGGACAGCAAGACUUUCCUGAGUCGCCACAGUAUGGACAUGAAGUUCACCUACUGCGACGACAGAGUCACUGAGCUGAUGGGCUACAGUCCUGAAGAUCUGCUGGGCCGCUCUGUCUAUGAGUUCUACCACGCUCUGGACUCUGACAGUGUCACCAAGAGCCACCAGAACCUGUGCAGUAAAGGUCAGGCAGUGAGUGGACAGUAUCGUAUGCUGGCCAAACAUGGAGGCUACGUGUGGGUUGAGACCCAGGGCACAGUCAUCUACAACAGCCGGAACUCCCAGCCGCAGUGCAUCGUUUGUGUCAACUACGUCCUCAGUGACGUGGAGAACAAGUCCAUGAUCUUCUCCAUGGACCAGACUGAGUCUCUGUUCAAGCCCCACCACAUGAACAGCUUCUUCAUACAGAGUGGUGCCGUGGAGCCCAUCAAGACCCUGUUCACCAAACUCAAAGAGGAGCCAGAGGACCUUGCUCAGCUGGCCCCCACACCUGGAGAUGCCAUCAUCGCCCUUGACUUUGGAAGGCCACCGUUUGAGGAGCCUCAUCCUCCUCUCUACCCCAAGAUGUCUCCCAUGCCCCCUCCGGCCCCCCAGGGCUGGGGCAGUGAUGCCCACAAGCCCUGCCCAGCAGGAGACAUGUCCAACCACAUGGCUGCCACCUUCUCAGUGCCCCCGAACCCCACACCAGGCAGCGCCACCCCCAGCACCUCUCCCCCUAGCCUGAGCAGUUGUUCCACGCCCAGCAGCCCAGGGGAUUACUAUAGCGAGAGAGAGAGCGACCUGAAGGUAGAGCUGACUGAGAAGCUCUUUGCUCUGGACACAGAGGGGCCCAAGAGCCCCGGCAGCACCCAGUCGGCCCUGAGUGAUCUGGACCUGGAGACCCUGGCUCCCUACAUCCCCAUGGAUGGAGAGGACUUCCAACUCCACCCCAUCAUUACUGAAGAGACCCCUGGAGGCCCCGAGGGGGCCGCUGACCCACUGGGCCACCGCACCACACAGAACGGCUUCAGCAACAUCGCCAGCCUCUUCCAGCCCCUGGGAUCCCCACAGUCUGCCCACUACCAGCCCGCCAAGUGGGCCCCAGGAGACAAGAGAGGCCCCAACCACAGCGAAAUGAGCCCCAUGGACUCCAGGCCUACUCUGCCCUACACAGGCCCCACACAGAUCCCCCCCUACCACACCCCAGCCAGCACCCCUUUGUCCUCCAUGGGUGGACGUCAGAACCUGCAGUGGCCCCCCGAUCCCCCGUUACACUACCAACAACAGGUGGACGCCAUGGGCGGAAGCCACUCAUGUCAGAACAUGCCGGUCAACAGGAUGCACAAGCAGAGGUCUAUGGAGAACUUUGUCCAGGCCUACAGAGACAUGAGUCCUGCCAGAAUCGCCAUAGCCAACAACUUCAAGCGCUCCUUCACACAAAUGGCAGUGGGUGACGCCACCCUCAGUACGCCAUCAGAGAUUAUGUGGAAGAGGAUGAGGAAUGAAAGCUGUGGCGUCCUGGACAGAUCUCUCAGCACCAGCUCACUGGCAGAUAAAGGUAUGUGCAUACCUGGGGAUGUUGACCAAUGUCUCAGCCCCCUUCAGCGGCACAGGAAGUCCCAGUAUCCAGGAUGUGGAAACGGUGCACCCCAAAAACACUUCCCCGAACAGUGGUGCAACUACAGAGAAUACCGUAUGCUGCCCUCUCCCAAAACAGAGGGGGUUGCCAGUCGGCUGUUGGGCCCGUCCUUUGAGACCUAUUGUCUGCCAGAGCUCACCCGCUACGACUGCGAGGUCAAUGUCCCUCUCCAAGGCAACCUGCACCUGCUGCAGGGCAGUGACCUACUGAGAGCCCUGGACCAUGCUAUCUAGACCCAGCCCUACACCCCCUACUCCCCCACCCUACCCUACCCUCCCCUGGACCAUGCUAUCUAGACCCAGCCCUACACCCCCUACUCCCCCACCCUACCCUACCCUCCCCUGGACCAUGCUACCUAGACCCAGCCCUACACCCCCUACUCCCCCACCCUACCCUACCCUCCCCUGGACCAUGCUAUCUAGACCCAGCCCUACACCCCCUACUCCCCCACCCUACCCUACCCUCCCCUGGACCAUGCUAUCUAGACCCAGCC